GACAGGCUUCUGAAGCCAGCAGGAUGAAUGUAUGGGUGGCACACAGCGAAGUAAACCCCAACACUCAAGUGAUGAAUAGCCAGCGCAUCUGGCUGGCCUACAUCAUCUUGGCAGGACUGUUGCAUGUGGUUCUACUCAGCAUCUUCUUCUUCAGCACCCCUGUUGUCUGGACCCUGACCAACGUCAUCCAUAACCUGGCUAUGUAUGUCUUCUUACAUACAAUGAAAGAGACACCCUUUGAGACCCCUGACCAAGGAAAGGCUCAGCUGCUGACACACUGGGAACAGAUGGACUACGGGAUCCAAUUUAUCUCUUCCCACAAAUUCCUCAGCAUCUCUCCUAUUGUACUCUACCUCCUGGCCAGCUUCUAUGCCAAGUAUGAUGCUGUUCACUUCCUCAUCAACACGGCCUCACUGCUUGGAGUAUUGUUGCCUAAGUUAUCCCAAUCCCAUGGGGUUUGUCUCUUUGGCAUCAAAAAUCCUGAAGGAUGGGGCUGGGGAUGACAAAGGGCUGUAACAUCUUUUCCUUCUCCUUAUAGUCUUCUUUAUCUUGAAAGCCCGAGAACUAUACAACCUUUCCCAAACUCCCAGGAAGAGAACAGAUAGGAAAAUGGAGCUCCUUGGGCCCAGCCCUGCUAACAGCAGAUUUCUUUGAAUCAGGAAAUGUGGGAAAGAUAAGGGCCAAAUCACUCUCUUCCACA